AUGACCCAGAACAUGCAAGAGAAGCCUAUGCCGUUAGGCAUUCAGCGAAGCCGCAGCCGGCUCGGUGAGCUCCUAGCGGCAGACACCCUCGUUGCUGCCGGUUCAGCAACUCUUAUUACACCAGCGGUCAUGAUCUUUGACAGACUCGUCGUUGAAAAGUCAUUCUACAACCAACCACUUCUUCCAGCGUUCCGCAAGCAUCUAUGGAUCUCCCUCACACAGCCAUCGACAUUCUUAACUUCACGCCCCGCCCUGCUCGUCUGGUCUCUCUAUACCGCCACUUUUGCAACCGCCAAUGCCUCCGAGACUCUCCUUGAAAAGGUCUACCCCAAGGUCGACCACGCCAUUGCUAGCAUGACCACCUUCGCAUCCACCUUUGUCGUCAAUUCCUCCGUCGGAAUCUGGAAAGACGCAGACAAACCACCCCCUAAAACUGUUCGCACCAUCGGCCGCACCAAGAUCCCCCUAGCCACCUACUCCGCAUUCCUCCUCCGCGACGGCCUCACCAUCUUCGGCUCCUUCACCCUCCCGUCGAUCGUCUCAACCGCAAUUCCAGACUCAGUCGCCUCCCAAGAUUAUCUCAAAAUCCUUAUCGCCCAACUCGCCAUCCCCGCAUCCAUCCAACUUAUCAGUACCCCCAUCCACCUCUUCGGUCUGGAUCUUUAUAACAGACCCCAAGUCAUGCCUACUAAGGAGCGACUCGCUCGAAUCAGUCGUGAUUGGGUCGGCGCUUCACUGCUGCGCAUGUGUCGCAUUAUCCCCGCAUUUGGAAUCGGCGGCUUCGUCAAUACUGAAGGUCGGCUUUAUUUACACGAGCAGCUGGACGAGCGUCGCAACCCUUCAUGA